GUGAAGCUGUGAUCGAGGCUGCUGCGGGGUGUGCGGUUUCUCACAUUCUGUAGAGGACACACACAGACAAACACUCAAGAGUGUGUGUUGAGCAGACAGCUAAGGGAUUCGCUCGCUCACAGAAGAUGGAUCUCUUGAGGACUCGCUUGCGUUGGGUCUGUGUGCUGGUCAUUGGACUUCUUGGACUGGUGGAGGAGAACUUGGCUAAUGUUCUGGACACCAUGCUGCUGAGGAAUUCUGGGAAGGUGGCAGAACGUCGGGAGACAGGAAGUGAUGCACCAGCUCUAACUCAGCGCUUCCUGUGGUGCUACUGUUACCAUCACUGUCCGGAGGACUCUGCUAAUAACACAUGCAGGACGGACGGUUACUGCUUCACCAUGGUGGAGGAAGAGGGUGGAGCGGCUGUGGUGACGUCAGGCUGUCUGGGUCUGGUCGGAUCAGAGUUUCAGUGCCGAGACACGGGGAACUCUAAACAGCGGCGAGCGCUCGAGUGCUGCACAGAUCAGGACUACUGUAACAGAGACCUACAUCCAACACUGCCUCCCCUACAAACACCCAGUUACGUGAUGGGAGACAUUCAUCACAUCGCUCUGCUCAUCUCAGUGACCGUCUGUAGCUUCAUCCUCACCUUCAUCAUCAUCUUCUGUUACUUCAGGUAUAAGCGUCAUGAGUUAGUCCCGCGCUACAGCCUCGGCCUGCAUCCAGACGAGACGUUCAUUCCUCCGGGAGAAUCCCUGCGGGAUCUCAUAGAGCAGUCCCAGAGCUCCGGCUCGGGGUCAGGACUCCCCCUGCUGGUGCAGCGCACUAUAGCCAAGCAGAUCCAGAUGGUGACACAGAUCGGGAAGGGCCGUUAUGGAGAGGUGUGGAUGGGGAGAUGGAGGGGAGAGAAAGUAGCUGUGAAAGUCUUUUUCACCACAGAGGAGGCCAGCUGGUUCAGAGAGACAGAGAUAUAUCAGACUGUCCUCAUGAGACACGAGAAUAUACUGGGGUUCAUAGCGGCUGAUAUUAAAGGCACGGGCUCCUGGACUCAGCUCUACCUCAUCACUGACUACCACGAGAACGGCUCUCUGUACGACUAUCUCAAAUGCACCACGCUGGACAGCCGGGCCAUGCUGAGACUGGCGUACUCAUCCGUCUCCGGCCUCUGCCAUCUUCACACCGAGAUCUUCGGCACGCAGGGCAAACCAGCCAUCGCCCACAGAGACCUGAAGAGCAAGAACAUCCUGGUGAAGAGGAACGGAGCCUGCUGCAUCGCUGACCUCGGCCUGGCCGUCAAGUUCAUCAGCGACACUAAUGAAGUGGACAUCCCGCUGAACACCCGCGUGGGCACCAAACGCUUCAUGGCUCCUGAAGUUCUGGACGAGACUCUGAACAGGAACCAUUUCCAGUCGUACAUCAUGGCCGACAUGUACAGCUUCGGCCUCAUACUGUGGGAGAUCGGCCGCCGGUGUGUGUCUGGAGGUAUCGUAGAGGACUAUCAGCUGCCGUAUCAUGAUCACGUUCCUAAUGACCCGUCAUAUGAAGACAUGCGAGAGGUGGUGUGUAUUAAGAGAAUACGGCCGUCGUUCCCCAACCGCUGGAGCAGUGAUGAGUGUUUGAGGCAGAUGGGGAAGCUCAUGACGGAGUGCUGGGCUCAGAAUCCGGCUUCUCGUCUCACAGCCCUGCGCGUUAAAAAGACACUGGCCAAGAUGUCAGAGUCCCAGGACAUUAAAGUCUGAAGAAAGACUAACCCUGAACUCACCGACUGAUCUCCUGCUGUCCGAACACGUGACUGUAUGAGGAUCGGUGAACACUGGCCAGUGGGACGGAGCAGGACCUCAGCGACUCUUUUCUGUUCAGCUCAUACAUGACAGUGCUUUUGGAUCACGUCAGAUUUGGUGUGUCAUGAUAGCUGCGGUUUCCCACGUUUUCUGGUGGGCUGUGCCUUAUUUAUUGUGUAAAUAGCUGAAAAUGAACGACGCACCGGUGUACUUGAAUAAAUGUUCUAAUAACA